CCACCUUAUCGCGCGGCGGGUGCGCCGGCAGUUAAAAGCCGAGCCCCUCCCCACAAAGAAAUAUGUUCGAUGUAUGAUCUAUACAAAAAGGCCCCACAAAAGCAGUGAAUAAAACUGGCGAAAGAAACCCGAAUGCCAGCCAUGAUGAUCGACAUCCCGCCUCAAAUCUCGCACGACCCCUCCGCCGUUCCCUCCCCUGGGAACACCGCGAUCUCCCACAACCCAGCGCUCUCCGACCCCCUCCUCCACGAACUCUUCACCGCCCGUCUUGACGCCGUCGGAGGCGACGACGACACCGAUACCGAGGACUGGUUUGCCUGCGAUAGGGAGUGGGUGGAAGCCGCGUUUGGGUUGCUGGCGAGGAGUCGGCGGGGCGGGGUCGUUUAUACCGCUAGUGAGUUGGUUGUGGUUGGGCGGAUGGCCUUGCCGGUCGUGCAGGACGGUGGUGAUGUGACGGCGGUACCUGCAUCUGCACGCGCAACGGUGAUCGACAAAACGAAACACUCCCACUCACACCACCAUCCCCACGAGUACAACCCGUUCCAGCGGUACUCGUUGCAGAACUGGGGCGCGCCGACGCAAGCGUUGGCGAGAGCGGCUGAUGAUGACGGGGGAUGUGUUGAUGAGCCGGAGGAGGAGGAGGAGGUUCAUCCCCCUCCUAGAGACUCUGGCACGUCAGGGCAUAGAGAGAAAGACGGAGCGCAGACGCACCCGCCGCGAUCCGCAUCCACAUCCGCCCCAAUCCGCGGCUACCACAAAAUGCUGCCAAAGACGCCAAGCAUGAGAGCGUUGGCGAAAGGACUACUCGACAUGGCGCGUCAUCCUAUCAAGACGGGCGAGCAGCAGCGACCGCCAGCGCCGGUGCCCCCGCCGUUGCAGACGCAGAGGUCACAGAGCUGGUUCAAUUUGUUCGGGAGGAAUCUCGCGAGUGCGUCGUAGAUAAGAUUUUUAAUCUUUUUUGGGGAUGGGCACCUUGGCUUUCUUUCUGCUUGUUCAUCAUUUUCCACCACUCCGGAUGCCGUUGUUUACAAUCUCCCCCUUUGUAAAAUGCUGUAUCUAUCGCGGGUUCGACUUUUCUUUAUCUUU